AUGGUUUUAGUUAAGCAGGUAAGACUCGGUAACUCAGGUCUUAAGAUAUCACCGAUAGUGAUAGGAUGUAUGUCAUACGGGUCCAAGAAAUGGGCGGACUGGGUCAUAGAGGACAAGACCCAAAUUUUCAAGAUUAUGAAGCAUUGUUACGAUAAAGGUCUUCGUACUUUUGACACAGCAGAUUUUUAUUCUAAUGGUUUGAGUGAAAGAAUAAUUAAGGAGUUUCUGGAGUACUACAGUAUAAAGAGAGAAACGGUGGUGAUUAUGACCAAAAUUUACUUCCCAGUUGAUGAAACGCUUGAUUUGCAUCAUAACUUCACUUUAAAUGAAUUUGAAGAAUUGGACUUGUCCAACCAGCGGGGUUUAUCCAGAAAGCAUAUAAUUGCUGGUGUCGAGAACUCUGUGAAAAGACUGGGCACAUAUAUAGACCUUUUACAAAUUCACAGAUUAGAUCAUGAAACGCCAAUGAAAGAGAUCAUGAAGGCAUUGAAUGAUGUUGUUGAAGCGGGCCACGUUAGAUACAUUGGGGCUUCGAGUAUGUUGGCAACUGAAUUUGCAGAACUGCAGUUCACAGCCGAUAAAUAUGGCUGGUUUCAGUUCAUUUCUUCGCAGUCUUACUACAAUUUGCUCUAUCGUGAAGAUGAACGCGAAUUGAUUCCUUUUGCCAAAAGACACAAUAUUGGUUUACUUCCAUGGUCUCCUAACGCACGAGGCAUGUUGACUCGUCCUCUGAACCAAAGCACGGACAGGAUUAAGAGUGAUCCAACUUUCAAGUCGUUACAUUUGGAUAAUCUCGAAGAAGAACAAAAGGAAAUUAUAAAUCGUGUGGAAAAGGUGUCGAAGGACAAAAAAGUCUCGAUGGCUAUGCUCUCCAUUGCAUGGGUUUUGCAUAAAGGAUGUCACCCUAUUGUGGGAUUGAACACUACAGCAAGAGUAGACGAAGCGAUUGCCGCACUACAAGUAACUCUAACAGAAGAAGAGAUAAAGUACCUCGAGGAGCCCUACAAACCCCAGAGGCAAAGAUGUUAA